GGCUCGCCGCUCGCCAGCCAGCCGCCGACACGUAUCUGCCCGGCCGCGCAUCGGCAGCGGGAUGGGCACGGCUUCGAUGCAGAAGAGCUGGCGCAAGGCGUGCGGCGCCAUCAAGGACUCCACCACCGUCAGCCUCGCCAAGGUCAACAGCGGCCGCGACCACCUCAAGGAUCUCGACGUCGCCGUCGUCAAGGCCACCAGCCACGUCGAGCGCCCGCCCAAGGACCGACACCUCGCAAAGAUCGUCGGCGCCCGGUCGCGCACCGAGGUCUCCCACUGCGUCCACGCGCUCGCCAGGCGCCUCUCCAACACCAGCAACUGGGUGGUGGCUCUGAAGGCGCUGGUGGUGAUCCACCGGGCGCUGCGGGAGGGCGACGGCGGCGCGUUCAGGGAGGAACUGCUGAGCCACGGGCGGCGGCGGGGCCACGCGCUGCAGAUGUCCAGCUUCAAGGACGACUCGGGCCACCUGGCCUGGGACUGCUCCGCGUGGGUGCGCACCUACGCGCUCUUCCUCGAGGAGCGGCUCGAGUGCUUCGCGGUGCUCCGGUACGACGUGGAGGCGGAGCGCCUCAGAGCCCCGGCGCCGGCAGCGGAGGGGCAGACUCCUCACACCAAGGCGCAGAGCAGGACGAGGGGCCUCGGCAAGGACGACCUCCUCGAGCAGCUGCCCGCGCUGCAGCAGCUGCUCUUCCGGCUCGUCGGCUGCCAGCCCGAGGGAGCGGCGUUCGGGAACUACCUCAUACAGUACGCCUUAGCUCUGGUGCUGAAGGAGAGCUUCAAGAUCUACUGCGCCGUCAACGAUGGCAUCAUCAACCUCGUGGAUGUGUUCUUCGACAUGAGCAAGCUCGAUGCGAUCAAAGCCCAGGACAUCUACAGGAGAACAGGAACUCUGGCGAAGAGCCUGUCUGAAUUCUACGAGCUCUGCAGGGGUUUGGAGCUUGCCAGGAACUUCCAGUUCCCAGUUCUCAGAGAGCCACCGGCGUCGUUUCUUGUGACGAUGGAGGAGUACAUCAGAGAAGCUCCCAGAGCUGGCCACGUUGCAAAUAAGACCAUUGAGUAUCGGCAACUGGAUCCUACUGCAGACCAAGAAGAACAACCACCACCUGAACCGCCCCGCGAGGCGACGACCCAAGAACCUGCGGCGGAGGAACCGAUGCUGGAGCCCGAAGAGGAACCCCACCCUGCACCUGAGCUCAACGAUGAACCUCAACCUACCACCACCACUGCCGAUUUCGAUUUACUGGGUUUACAUGAGGUGAGCUCCGCUGCCGCUGAGAUCGAGGAGAGCAACGCACUGGCGCUGGCCAUUGUAGCACCAGGUGGUGGUGGCAGCAGCGCGUCUGCGUCUCCUGCUGUUGACAUGGAUGGAUCUUCGGGCUGGGAGCUGGCGUUGGUAGCGGCACGGACCGACAUGAGCAGCCGAUCGACAGAGAUGAAACUGGCCGGGGGCUUCGACGGCCUGCUGCUCGACAGCCUGUACGAGGACGCGGCGAGGAGGCAGCAGCAGCAGCAGGCGACCUACGACGACCCUGCCGGGGACCCGUUCGCCGCGUCGACGAGCGUCGCGCCGCCGACCGGCGUGCAGAUGUCAAUGAUGGCGCAGCAGCAGGAGAUGUUUGGGAUGCCGCUGCCGUUUCAGCAUGCUGGUGCCGGUGCUUCUGGGUCUCAGGCCAAUCCAUUCGGUGACGCGUACUCUGCUAUGUUACCCCAGGGGCAGGGCACCCCCUUCCAUGGACACGGGAGCGGCAGCUUGAUUUGAACAUGCAUGUAUGUUUUGUGUAGAAGAAGUAGCAGCAUCCGAUAGCUCUGGUUUUAAUUGGUAUUAUAUGAUGAUUGACUAGAAUCAUUCUGGCUGUGCGCCAUCGGA